AUAUUAAAGUAAACAAACGUGCUUCUGUCAUUUAACCUCAAAUGUUUCAACUAAAUUACAAGUCAUCUCACGCAUAUAAUUUUAAUGUCAUCAAAAAUAUUGACUGAACUAGUUGUCAAGAAAUUUUUAAACGCUUCGUACAAAUUCUCGACUUACAAAGGAAAUAAAAAUUUGUGUAAUCAUAAAGUACCGUUAGGAAAGCAAAGGAGAAACGUCCCUGGCCCUGUCCCCUUCAAAAAUCGUCGCACGGAUCGCCUGCGCUUGCCGCAAUCGGUUGCUGUGUCAGUGGGGCGAAGUCAACAUUGUAGUGAGUGGAUUAGUUGUAGUAGUAAUAGUACGAGACAUUUCAUCGCUGUACAGAAAACCUCGUCAAAUAUGCCACAAGGAAAACCAUUCGAAAGAUUACCUCAAAAUGUUAAACCUAAACACUACCGUUUAUCUUUAGUUCCAGAUUUGAAAACGUUGUUGUUUCGGGGAAGUGUUUCUGUUGAAAUUGAGGUUCUAACCAACACCGAUACUAUUGUACUUAACGCACUAGACUUAAAGUUGCACGAGGUGACUUUAAAAGACGACAAAUCCUUAAAACCGGGUCAAGUAACAUUAUGUACAGAAGAAGAAACUGCCAUUUUGAAAUUUCCGUCACAAAUCACCCCAGGUUCUUAUAUUUUAGAUAUAUAUUUCACUGGGGAAAUCAACGAAAAAAUGAAGGGGUUGUAUAGGAGUAAAUAUGUGAAUCAAAAGGGGGUUGAAACUUACGCGGCCGUUACGCAGUUUGAGGCUACGGACGCGCGUAGAUGUUUUCCUUGUUGGGACGAACCGGCCCAUAAAGCUACUUUUGAUAUAAGUCUCACCGUACCCAAGGAUUUAGUCGCCUUAUCAAAUAUGCCAGUAAAAACUAGCCAGCCAGAAGGUGAUCUCAUUAAAUAUAAUUUUGAAACUACGCCAAUCAUGUCGACAUAUUUAGUAGCGGCGGUUAUAGGCGAAUACGAUUACGUAGAAGACAGAUCGAGCGAUGGUGUUCUCGUAAGGGUUUAUACCCCUAAGGGAAAAACCGAACAAGGUUUAUUCGCCCUGGAGGUAGCCACGAAAGUUUUGCCUUAUUAUAAAGAAUAUUUCAAUAUUGCAUACCCGUUACCGAAGAUCGAUUUGAUUGCUAUAGCUGAUUUUAGCGCCGGGGCCAUGGAGAAUUGGGGCCUAGUUACUUAUAGGGAAACUUGUUUACUAGUCGAUCCCAAAAACACUUCCGCCGUUAGAAAACAGUGGAUAGCCCUUGUAGUCGGUCACGAAUUGGCCCACCAAUGGUUCGGUAAUCUGGUAACGAUGGAAUGGUGGACCCAUUUGUGGUUGAACGAAGGUUACGCCUCCUUCGUCGAAUUCCUCUGCGUCAAUUUCCUCUUUCCCGAAUACGACAUUUGGACGCAAUUCGUCAACGAUUCCUACAUCAAAGCAUUGGAAUUGGACAGCCUGCAAAAUUCCCAUCCCAUCGAAGUGCCCGUAGGCAAUCCAUCGGAAAUCGACGAAAUAUUCGACGAUAUCAGUUACAAUAAAGGGGCGUCGGUUAUUAGGAUGUUACAUCAUUAUAUAGGCGACGAGGAUUUCAGGAAAGGCAUGAAUUUGUAUUUGACCAGGUAUCAAUACAAAAAUACUUUCACGGAAGAUUUGUGGGCGGCGUUGGAGGAAGCCAGUAAAAAACCGAUUGGCGACGUCAUGUCCACGUGGACGAAACAAAAAGGAUUUCCCGUCGUUAAAGUUUCACAAAAAUCUGCAGGUGACGGGGGCGGAAUGAAAUUGACUCUGUCACAAACAAAAUUCACCGCCGACGGAUCGAAUUCUAGUAACGAAAAUUAUUUAUGGAUGAUCCCUAUAUCUAUAUCUACCUCUAAGAACCCUUCCAAAGAAAUCGUCAGCACCGUUUUGACGACUGAAAACACCGAUGUAAUUGUACCUGACGUGAACGAAAACGAUUGGAUUAAAAUAAAUCCGGGCACGAUAGGUUUUUACAGGACUCAAUAUCCGCCGGAAAUGUUGAAGAAAUUCAUACCGGCCAUAAGGGAUCGCACCCUACCUCCCUUAGAUAGAUUGGGAUUGUUGGACGAUUUAUUCGCGAUGGUGAAAGCGGGUCAUACGAGUACGGUCGAGGUGUUGAAAUUAUUGAAAGCAUUCGAAGACGAACCAAAUUACAACGUAUGGAGUUCCAUAGGUAACAUAUUGGAGAGAUUGGGUCAGCUGUUGGGCCAUACGGAUUACGAAGAAAAUUACAACAAAUAUCAGAAGAAGUUGUUGGACAAAGUUUACAAUCGAUUAGGUUGGACGCAGAAAUCCGGCGAAACUCACUUGGAUACGUUGUUGAGGGGAUUGGUUUUAGGUAAAUUGGCUUGGUUGGAUCACGGAUCGAGUAUAUCCGAAGCGAAAAAGAGAUUUUCGGAUCACGUAUCGAAUCGGGAAGUUUUAUUGGCCGAUCUUCGUAGCGCUUGUUACAAGACGGUUUUGCGGGCCGGCGGCGUUGAGGAAUUCGACGUUUUAUUGAAAUUGUACAGAACCAGCGAUCUACACGAAGAAAAAGAUCGUAUCAGUAGGGCGUUCGGUGCUACCAAAGAUCCGAUUUUGUUGAGGAGAGUUUUGGAAUUCGCCAUGUCGGAUGAAGUUCGUUCUCAGGAUACCGUGUUCGUUAUAGCUUCGGUGGGUUUGAGUAGUAACGGGAGGGAUAUAGCUUGGCAAUUUUUCAAGGAUAAUUGGCCCAAGAUCAACGAUCGCGUUACGGGGCAACUUUUAACCAGAUUGAUCAAAUAUUUAACGGAAAAUUUCGCUAGCGAUGAAAAGGCUUCGGAAGUCGAAAGGUUUUUCACUGAACACAAAGCUCCAGGUACUGAAAGAACGGUACAACAGUCGAUUGAAACGAUCAAAUUGAACGCGGCUUGGUUGAAUAGAGAUUCGGCGGCCAUUAAAACUUAUCUCAGUACUAUUUGAAUUUUGAUUUUUAUGUUGUUGGAACGUAUGCCAGUGAUUGUACCUAUUUUGUUGAUAAAUCAGUUUUUUUUUGUAAUUAUUAGUGCAUGCUAUAGCUAAAUAUAUAAUUGUACUUAUUUUGAAAAAAGAA